AUGAAUGUCAUUGCCAAUCACCUAGCUGACCAUGCUAGAGAAGAUUAUGAGUCAUUAAAAUUUGAUUUUCCUGAUGAAGAUGUGCUUUCAGUUGAGGAAUGGAAAUUAGAUUGGUGGACUAUGUACUUUGAUGGUGAUGUAAACGUAUGUGGUAACAGAGCUGGUGCAAUGAUAAUCUCUCCUGAUAAGAAGCAGUAUCCGGUUUCAGUCAAGCUACAGUUUGGGUGCACCAACAACACGACUGAGUAUGAAGCUUGCAUUCUCGGUUUAGAGGCUGCAUUGGAGCUAAACAUCAGAAAGAUAGAUGUGUAUGGAGACUCAAUGCUGAUCAUUUGCCAAAUAAAAGGAGAAUGGCAAACCAAGGAAGAGAAGUUAAGGCCUUACCAAGAAUACCUAUCUAAACUGACUGGAGAAUUUAAGGAAAUAAAGUUCACCCAUCUAGGAAGGGAAGGAAACCACUUUGCAGAUGCUUUGGCUACACUAACAUCUAUGGCCAAAAUAGACUUUGGGCACAAGAACUCUGCGCCAAAUGAAAGAUCAAGCAUUUACUCGCCAUAUAGGCCAGGGAUGAAAGGAGCGGUAGAAGCUACUAACAAAAAUGUCAAGAAGAUUACUUAG